GAGAUAUACGGAAAACAAAUAUAUAAUCAGUUCAAAAAAGAUUUCAGAAACAAAAAAGGUUCAAAAGCUAUUGUCAUUGAAUCAUGUGUAAAAAAGAUUGUCGUGUAAUUAAUCUUUUAGCGUAGUACUUUAUUGUAGGUUUGAAGUCAACUACUGCCGUCAAGAUAAUCUCAACUUUUUCCCUUCUAUCUUCAGAUUAAUUUUCAUAAGCUUCAGCAUCAUUAGAGAAGACAUAGAUUUUGCAAAACGAACCUGAUCCUUCAUCUACGCCCAUGACAACAUAUCUUGUUUCAUUUAUUCAAAUUCCACUGAUAAUAGGAGAUGAGACCGUAAUAGUUAUUUGAAUGUUAACAAAACAACAAUAAACUGUCCAUUAAAACAAAUCAUUGUUAACUUGUAGUAAUGUCAAAGUUAUUGUGUAUUAUUAUAUUAUACUCCAAUUUGUGUGCCAGUACAAAAAUAGUGAAUUUAAAUGGAGAAUGGAUUGUUAGUGAAGAUACGAAUCAAUAUAAAAAUAUGAAGGCGACAGUGCCUGGUGGAAUAUACAGUGAUUUAAUGAACAAUGGUAUAAUCGGAGAUAUUUUUUAUGGAAAUAAUGAUGUCGAAUUGAAAUGGAUACAAAAUUUAAAUUGGGUUUAUUACAAGAACGUUUCUAUUUCAUCCGAGUUUUUGAAUCAAGAGAAUGUUAAUUUGAUUUUUGAGGGUUUAGAUACUUUUUCUUCUAUAAUAGUGAAUGGUAACAAAGUUGGUUCGUCAGAAAAUAUGUUUGUACAAUAUAUUUUUGAUAUAAAAAAAUAUCUCAACGUAGGAAUCAACGAAAUAGAAGUUCAUUUCUCCUCUCCGGUGAAAGUAGCCAAAAAAUUACACGAAGAACAAUCAAAAAACUAUACAAUCCCACCAACUUGUCCUCCAUUAGAAUACAACGGAGAAUGCCAUGUUAAUAUGAUAAGGAAAAUGCAAUCUUCUUUCGCUUGGGAUUGGGGACCAUCAUUUCCUUCGGUAGGAAUUUGGAAAAACGUAUAUAUAGAAGCUUAUAAUGAUUCAGUCAUAAGAUAUGUGGUUAGUGAUGUCAUCGAUAAAGAUACAGACCAUUGGACUCUCAACGUUGAUAUAUAUAUGGCAAACAACAAUAAAAAUCAAGUAACAGGUAGACUGAAAGUUGAUUUAGAAACCAACUUGAUGAAUAUAACGAAAAUUAUUGAAGUUAAUGGAAAACCUGACGAAAACGGUGAGAUUAUGAUUACUAUUGAUAUGGAUAUUUUGAAAGGUUAUGUGAACAGCUGGUGGCCAAACGGAUAUGGAGCGAGUAAAUUAUAUAACUUUGAUGUAACUUAUGUGAAUGAAGAUAAAUCAGACAUUAGUAUCAAGAAGAGUAGAAUAGGUUUUCGAAAAAUCGAACUAGUACAAGAAAAACUUGAUUUGGGUUUGACUUUUUACUUCAAAGUUAACGAUGUACCGAUAUUCAUGAAAGGCACUAACGAAAUACCCAUAGAUAUUUUACCAGAGAAAGGGCAAAAUAAAACAAGAGUAAAGCAACUUCUUAUUGCCGCUCAUGCUUCUCAUAUUAAUAUGAUAAGAGUUUGGGGAGGGGGUGUAUAUGAAUCGGAUUAUUUCUAUGAAUUAACAAGUGAAUUAGGUAUUUUAAUCUGGCAGGAUUUUAUGUUUGCUUGUGCGAUGUAUCCCACAACCGAUUCGUAUUUGAAAAAUGUCGUAGAAGAAGUAAGACAUCAAGUGAGAAGAUUAUAUAGUCAUUCGAGUUUGGCAGUAUUUUCAGGUAAUAACGAAAAUGAGGGAGCUCUUCGGCAAAAUUGGUAUAAUACAGCACAAAAUUACUCUACGUACCACGAGGAUUACGUUAAAUUAUAUAUUACCACUAUAAAAUCUGAAUUUCUGAGAAUAACUCAUAACAGGGGUAUUUUCAUCACGUCUAGUCCUACCAAUGGUAAGAAGUCUGAUAGUGAAAACUACGUAGCUGAAAAUCCAGGCAGUUCACUUUACGGCGAUGUCCAUUUUUAUAAUUACAUACUGAAUCCCUUCAACACAAAUUUUUAUCCCACACCAAGAUUUUCUUCAGAAUACGGUUAUCAAUCAUUACCAAGUCUUCAAUCUUGGUUUACUGUUACAAAUAAUACAGAAGAUACUAGUAUCAAUAGUAUAUUUAUGAACCAUAGACAACAUCAUCCUUUAGGAAAUUUGGAACUAAAAGCCCUAUUGUUGUAUUUUUUCGACGUACCAGAAGAAUCGAAUAAAUAUUUCAAUGAAGCUUUCAUUUAUUAUACGCAAAUAGCGCAAGCAUUUGCCGUGAAAAUAGAAACAGAACAUUAUCGUAGCUGUCGGAGCUCGUUAGAGGAAAACGGAGAAGGAUAUACAAUGGGAGCUUUGUAUUGGCAGCUUAAUGAUGUGUGGGUGGCACCUUCUUGGUCAAGUAUAGAUUAUCUAGGUCGGUGGAAAAUGCUUCAAUAUCAUAGUAUGGAAUUUUUCGCUCCGGUAAUAGUAACGAGUCGUUUGAAGGUAGACCGUAUUUUGGAAAUAUACUUGAUUUCAGAUCUACCAUCUCCGUUAAUGAAUUUGACAAUUUCUAUCACUGUAUACAAUUGGAAUUCCUGCCAACCGGUGAAUGUUGAAAAUCUCACUAAAACCAUUGAAAGCGGAUCGUCUCAAAAUAUCAAAACCUACAAUACCGACGAUUAUUUGUCCGCUUUGGGCUGCGGUACUCUAUCUAGUGCUCGGACCAAUUGUUUUUUCUACCUUUCUGUGACAAAAAACGAAGUUAAAGUGUCUCCUGAUAAUUUUGUUUUUCCAGACGCAUUAAAAGAUUCAAAUAUUACUACUGCCCACGUUAAAAUUGAUGACAUCAGGAAAAUUAGUGAUGCUGGUGUGUUCAUUAUCGAAAUAAGUACAGAUCAAAUCGCUUUAUUCGUGUGGUUGGAGUCUCUUGAUAUACGAGGAAAUUUUUCAGAAAAUGGAUUCUUGAUGGUACAACCAAAAAGAGUUGUUUUUUUCAAUUCGGAAGAACAAACUUCUAACGAUUAUUUGUUGAAAACUAUCACAAUCACUCAUUUAUUGAACCAAAAAUAUUUCACCAAUGAAUAAUGAUGUUUUUUCAUAACCUCUAGAUAUGUAAUAUAUGAAAAUAUGUAAUAUAUUAUGCUAAUAAUAGUGAGUUGGCUCUUUUUUCCACUUAGAAAACAACUUAAACACUUUCUCACUACAUUAAAAUCCAUUUGCUAGAAGAAGAAAUGAGAAGGUAUAGUUCCUUUGAAUGAAGAUGAAUAUAAUAGAAUUAUCAAUUUUCUAAUUAUUUGGAUCUUAUCGAAUCUCAAUUUUACUUAUCAUCAGAGAAAUACUUUUUAUGACCAAUCGAUUA